UAUAAAUACAACCAGUUUGUGUCUUUCGGCAAGCAGUCGUUAUUUAGCAAAUCUAUCAUGAAGCUCCAAAAUUGUGCCCUUGUACUGGUUUUGGGUUUGGUAUCGGCCCUCCCUGAAGAAAAAACGGAAAAAACGGCAGCCACUUCCGAAAAGAAGCAAGAUAAACGUGGACUUUUGGAUUUUGGAUAUGGAAUAGGAGGCCAUGAACUUGGAGGUGGUUUUGAAUUGGGACAUGGAAUCGGGUUCGGGUCCAUCGGAGAUUACGAAGGACACGGUCAUGUCAAACACAUCACAAUCACUAAAGAAAUCCCUGUUCCAGUACCACACCCAGUACCUUACCCAGUAGUCAAAAAGGUUGGUGUACCAUACCCAGUCAAGGUAGCGAUCCCAGUCGAUCGCCCGUAUCCAGUACAUGUACCCAAACCAUACCCAGUAACUGUAAUAAAACCAGUACCUGUACCUGUAGAAAAACCAGUACCAUAUCCAGUUAAAGUAGCUGUCAAAGUACCAGUACCAGUGCCACACCCUGUGCCUGUACCCAAACCCGUACCUUAUCCAGUGCACAAACCAGUGCCUUACCCAGUCAAAGUUCCAGUGUAUGUAGAGAAGAAAGUUCCAGUUCUUGUCAAAGGACAUGAAGGGUACGGUCUCGAAAGCCAUGGCUUUGAACUAGGAGGGUUUGGAGGUCAUGAAUUCGAACUUGGAGGGUAUCAUUAAAUAAAUAACGGCUGCAGCAGCGUAAAUGUCAUCAGUAUUGUUGCACUUGA